AUCUAUACGUCAAUGAGCUUACAGAUUUUAUAAAAUUCUUACUUUGUAUUGAUAAUUUAUUUUAUUUUCAUAGAAUAAUUUCUUAUUUUUACUGUAGUAGAUAAUUAUACCGGCCUCAAUAUGGAUAUUGAAGCGGAUAAUAUGGAAUUUGGGAACAUCGACAUCGCAAAUGUUAAACAUGUAACAGGGCGCCCAUUUAGACACAGACGGAGUCUUAUAUUUGUUACAAUUGCGGAUGCACAAAUACAACUAGUAGACAUUGAAAAAAUGAUGGAAAUGGGCAUGAACGUGGCACGGUUCAAAACAUCACAUAGUACCAAAACUGAUAAAGUAAAAUUGAUAAACAGGUUUGAUAGAGCGGCAUCGUUUUUGGCUCGAAAAUAUGGACUACUUGAAUGGCCCUGUGCGACUUGUGUUGAACUUAAAACGAGUGUCGUUCAAACAGGACUUUUGGAAGAGGAUGUCACGAAAUUAUACAUAAAUGAAGGCAGUGAAGUCAUACUGACAACAGAAAUAUCGGAAUUCGAUAAAUGCAACGAAAAGAGUAUAUUCGUUGAUAACCCUUACUUGACGUCCGAUGUAACAUUAGGAAUGACAAUUAAUAUAUCCCAAGACGAAAUAAUUAUGGAGUGCAUAGCAAAGUACGACAAUGCCGUAAAAUGUAAGGUUGUUAAAGGCGGUUAUUUACAAAAUAUGGCCUACGUGUGUAUGAGGGGUGCUGUAAGAACUCGCCCUUAUAUAUCGAAGAAGGAUUUGCAUCUUAUUAGAUUUGCUGUUGAAUACCAAGUGGACAUGAUAAUUAUAAAUUACCCACGAAAUAUUGCAACUAUCUCGAGGAUAAAGAAGUACCUUGGAUCCAAACUUAAAAGGCCCAUUAUCAUUACUGGUAUCUCUACUCAAGAAGGACUAACCAGCAUAGAUGACUUUGUUAGAGAAGCAGAUGGCAUAUUGCUAUCGAGAGAGUUUUUGGCUUAUGAAGUUGAACCAGCUUUGUAUAAUCGCAUGGGUCAUAUACAGAGCAUCAUUGCAGGAAAAUGUCGACAGGCCGGCAAACCAUUUUACAUAUCAGGUGAAGUAUUCCAAGAAGCCCUAUUGACUGGCCAAAUAAGCACUCGAGAAAUAUCUGACGUUACAAAUGCCAUAUUAGAAGGUGCAUCUGGUUUCGCCCUCAGUGAAUCACCAGAUAUAAACUAUAUGUGUGAUGCUAUGAAAAUGAUGAACGAACUAUGUGCUACUGUGGAACCGCUUUGUAUGAAUAGGACUGAAUUUUGGCAGCUUGUUUCUCAGAUAAAAAUGCCAGUGAAUGCCGCCGAAGCCAGUGCUGUAUCUUGUGCUGUCGUUGCUAAUCAGACUAAUGCUCGACUCAUAAUAGUGCCGACGGUCACCGGCCGUACGGCCUACCUUCUGAAUUGGUUGCGGCCAAAUAGUAUAGUCAUUGGUGUCAGCACCAAAAUCAGAACCAUACGAUUACUAAAAACCUUUAGAAGUGUUAUACCGCUUUUGUAUAAAGGCUCACCACGCAGAACGUGGUUCAGCACUGUUCAAGCCCGGAUUGACUUCGCGCUGCAGUAUGCUGUCGAAAAGCACUGGAUUAUGUACGGAGAUGCCUACAUCACCCUAGAAAAGGGAACUGAAGGCAGCUCUUUUUGCGAUGCCGUUAGAGUUUGGAAUGUGACCAUGACAGAGAAAAACACGGUUGAAUGCCCCGAAUCUUACCACGAUUUCGAUAUCAACUCCUACGCUCCCGUACCUGUAAGUAAAAAGAAGAAUAAAACAGACUCCGCUGAAACAUUGACAACUGAAAUAGUGAAAACUGAAACAGUGACAACUGAAACAGUGACCACUGAAACAGUGACCACUGAAACAGUGACAACUGAAACAGUGAAAACUGAAACAGUGAAAACCACAUUGGUGAUAGAAAAGAAAGAAAUAACUGAAGAAAAAACUACUGUUGAUAAAACUGAUGAGCUUAGAGUUAGUGAAGAAGAUACUAAAGAUACAACGGCUACUGUAGGAACAGAUGAGGCUAAUCUAGAAAUUGAAGAGGAAGGAAGUAAAGGGCAAGAAGAAAUAAAAGCAGAAGCAGAAAGUAAAGAGGAGGGGGCAGGCGAAGAAGAAGAACGACAAGCAGAAGGAGAAGAAGAAGAAAACUUAGAAGGAGAAGAUGAAAUAGAAGAGAGUGCUGAUUAGAACCAACGAGCGGAACUAAUUUUAUGCAUAGACUCGUGGGUGAUUCAAUGUUACGUGAUUAUUUAAUAGCAUGUGAUGUUGGUUCGGCUUAAAGUCCCUUAACGUCUAUCAUCAGAGAGCUUAUUUAUUUCGUAGUAUAUUUUCCAUAGCGCUAGUAGUAAACUAGUUUCAGCAU